AUUUCCUUUGAUUUCUACUCACUAAUCAAAACCUCCACUAAACCCACACACACCUUCAACUUACAUAAAUGUUUCUUCAAUUAAUAAAAUGAAUCAAACAUCAAAUUCUAUGCUGCCGCUCCGAUCUUCAUCGCAAUCCGACAAUCCAUCCAGUUGUAUUUUCCCCUCUACAAUCGUUCUUCUCCAAGGAGAUUCUUGAGUUGUAUCACACUAAUGACUAAGGGAGCUCGAUCUCGUAAACCAUCCAUCAAUUAUAGAUAUAACUCUCAUGAAGGAGCUAUUUUUGAUCUUGUGGAUGUUCCCCGUGAAGAUUAUGCUCCCACUUCUAAUGAUAAUACCAGAAAACCUGCUAACCAAACUGAAGUGACGCCACCUAUAGUAUGCACAGCUGAUCUCAUAUCAGGAGCCUGCCAAUUAUGGAAUUUUGCCGCCUCGUCUCUUCCUGUUUUACAUCAUAGGCAAUCAACACAAAACAAUGAGAGCCUUCAGAAAGAAAAUAUGUUUUAUUAUCCAGCCGAGCAUGGAAAUAUCGUUGGAUCUGUAUCUUCUGAGGGUCAGAAUGUCUUGGUCAGUUUAAAAGCUGAUAGUCACGUUUUACCCACAGCAAAUGUGCAAAAUACCUUAGGCUUUUUACAUGUAACCGAAAAGCUUUCUUCUUUUGAUUGUGACAGUGUGCGUCAAAUUUACCAUCACGCUUUGAGAAGUCUGGAUACUGGUUCUGGCACGGUGGACCUAUCUGGCACAGAAAAGCGGGUUUCUAGUGUGAGGAUCUCAUGUGGAUUGCAAAAUAUGUAUGUAUGGAUGAGCACGAUACAGCUUCUGAGACCAACUGAGCAUUGUAAAAGUAGAACAGAUUAUUGCUAUAAUGCUGGAGAAACAAGUAAUGUUGAAGUAAAUACUCGAGAUAACAUUACUAGACCUGAUAAUGGUAUGACUACGAUAAAUGAUGUUGGCGACAAUGAAGUAGCCAACACUCAGGAAUCUGAGUCACAGGAAAAUACUAGCAAUAUGUUAAAAAUAAAGGUGGAAUGUACGUCUUUGUGCUCGGAUUAUCUUCUUAGUUCUAUACAGGAUGCAGAAGCAGAUGAUAGUGAUUCAGGUAUGAGUUCUUAUUUAAAUUCUCGACAGGAGAAAGAGGAUGACUUAUGUGAGUCCAUAGAGAGUCAAGAAAGUCAUUUUGUCAAUCAGGAAAAUUCUGCUGUGCAGAUCUUUCCAUCAUCAUUGUAUAAACCACAGUAUGGACUUGCAAAGCAAGAACAUGCUUAUGCUGGAGCAUUUGCUGGUGUAUUUGUCAGUCUGUGUUUGCAUCCAAUUGAUACAGUUAAGACUGUCAUUCAGUCUGGCCAUACCGAACAAAGAUCUAUUCAAUAUAUCGGCAGAUCAAUAAUCUCUGAAAGAGGUUUAUCUGGACUUUACCGGGGAAUUACAAGCAAUAUUGCUUCUUCAGCACCAAUUUCAGCAAUUUAUACUUUCAGUUAUGAAUCGGUAAAGGGGGCUCUGCUUCCUCUUGUGGCCAAGGAAUAUCAUUCAUUGGCCCACUGUGUGGCUGGAGGCUGUGCAAGUGUUGCUACUUCAUUUGUUUUUACUCCAAGUGAAAGAAUAAAGCAGCAGAUGCAAGUUGGCUCACAUUAUCAUAGCUGUUGGAAUGCCUUGUUAGGAAUCGUAAGGAAAGGAGGCUUUUUAUCAUUAUACAAUGGGUGGGGAGCUGUACUCUGUAGGAAUGUUCCCCAUUCUAUCAUCAAGUUCUAUACAUAUGAAAGUUUAAAGAAUGUGAUGGUCGCUUCACAGCAGCGACAUGCUCAGCCAACCACGAUAUCAACGCUAUUUUGUGGAGGAUUAGCUGGAUCUACUGCUGCUUUAUUUACAACUCCUUUUGAUGUGGUGAAGACAAGAUUGCAGACACAGAUACCUGGAUCCGUAAACCGCUAUAAUGGUGUGUACAACACUUUCAGAGACAUAGCUCAGCGUGAAGGCUUUAAAGGUCUAUAUAGGGGUUUGACUCCAAGAUUGGCCAUGUACAUGACUCAGGGAGCACUUUUCUUUGCAUCUUACGAGUCAUUUAAAAAGUUAUUUUCUUUGGAAGCUACUCAACUCGAAUCUUAAUCUGAGGGUUGAUACAUUGCCUAGCUAACAUAUAGGUUGUUCGCCUUUGAAACUUUUUUGGUUGAUCUCGACUCGAGAAACCUAAUUUUGGGUAUUUUAUGCAGGUGAUGAUUAUGUUGAUUCUUUUAGGUGUUAUAGAUAUAACUCAUGUAAGAUUAGAAACUGAAAUUCAUUUUGAGUGCAUAAUAUGUGUAAAGAGAGGGAUGACAAAAGGGAAGACAGUUUAAAGAGGAAACAAUUCGAUUUGUAGAAUUUUUGUGGAAAUGUUAGCUACCGAUUUUUGUCA